AUGUCCCAAUGGGAUACUAAUGUAACCAUUGGGGGCCAGAACGUAACCUUGGAAAUUGACACAGGCUCUUCCUUCUUAUGGGUCCUCGAUCCGUCCCUUUCUGCAUUGAACUCCAGUAACCGGGGCACGUAUGACUACACCAAGAGUCGUACAGUGAGCCCUGUGAACGAAUCCUUCACCGUUGCGUACGGAGGAGGUCUAGUCACAGGGCGUGUGAUCGAAGAGACCGUCACAAUCGGUGGCCUCACGUUCAACAACGUUUCGAUGGGUAUCGCCAAUGCUAGUUCUCCGUAUUUCCUUGAACAGCCUUCUAUCGGACUGUUGGGUCUGGGUCCUCAGCCCACCUAUGCUCGAGCCUUACCAGCUCCGUUUUCUGUUUCAGAGAUGCAAAGCUUCGCCUUGGACUUCAAAGUUACAGGCUCGGACGGCUCGGCCAGUAUCGAGUUUGGCGGCAUCGAUCAUAGCAAAUACGUAGGCCAACUCGCGAACGCACCCUUGAACAGCACGGAUGGCCACUGGGCGGUCGACGACGUGGACUUCAGCGUUGGGAAUGUGCGCAUGAACACUAGCACAUAUGUCGUUCUAGACACAGGCGCAGGACACAACAUAGCCACCCCGUCGUCAGUUGCUGAAGCCUAUUACAGUCGAGUGCCCGGAGCCGUCUUCGAUGAUCGUAUCGGCGAUGGCAUUUCACUGUGGCUCGUCCCGUGCAACGCAACGCUCCCUGACCUGGCUCUGCACAUCGGCAACGGCACAGCCACUGUCGCCGGCGCAUCCAUGAUUGGACUCCCCGUCAAUGCAUCUACGUCUUUGGAUUCUUCAUCGAGUGCUGUGUAUUGUAACCCGAGUAUUCAGAACGCUUCCGAUCCGAAACUGUUGGGCUUCCCGUUCUUUGAGAACAAUUACGUCGUGUUCAAUCAGACGGGGAAGCCGUCGCUUUUAUACGCCCCGUAUGCAUAG